AUGGAGGCCACUCUUUAUCAAGACGAUGUCAAAUCAGAGUCCGAUGGGCACGGUGGCCUACCGGAGGGGUUCUCGAUCGGAGAGUUGUACCUUCGUGGACCGAAUGUGGCCUUGGGGUAUUGGAUGAACGAGACUGCAACGAGGGACACCUUUGGUGUCAGUGUACCUGGCGCUGAGGGAAGUGAUUGGCUUAGAACUGGUGACUGUUUUAUCGCCGAUCAGGAUGGGAACCUGUGGUUCGUGGAUCGACUCAAGGAUGUCAUGAAGAUAUUAGGAACACAGGUCACUCCCGGCGAAAUUGAAGAAGCUAUUCAUAGACGUUGCCAGAAGUUCGUCAGCGAAGUUUCAGUCGCAGGAGUUAACGCCUCUUCAACUGAGGAGCUAGUUCCGCGUGCUUUCGUCGUGUUGUCUGGUGAAGGAAGGCGAAUCGGUGAGGAGAAAUGCGUAGAGAUGAUUGAUGCUGCUGUGUGUGCGGGGCUAAGUAAACCUAAGUGGUUAGUGGGCGGGAUUCAGUUUGUUGAUGCAGUGAGUUCUUCAUUGCGCUUUCUGAAGGAAUGGCGGUGGCAUCGAUCCCGAUCUUAUAUCUCCCCAUGA